AUGAACAAGGCGCUGAGUCCACCACCACUCCAACAACCUUCAGUUUUCACUAGGAUGCUGAUCUCCGGCGAAUUCGAUCCGGAAGAAUCAGAUCAACGCCUGCGACUGCGACCAAGGAAUUGCAAAAGCGGGGCAGAAGCAAGAGAUAAAGCUUCACCAAAGGCUUAUAUACAUCAUUUUGAAUCAGAUUCUGAAGGCGUGAAAAUUCAAAAAAAAAUGGGAAACACUUCCUCGAUGCUGACUCAAUACGACAUCGAAGAAGUUCAGAGCCAUUGCCAAGAGCUCUUUGAGCAGCAGGAAAUUCUAUCUCUGUAUCAAAGGUUUUGCCAGUUAGAUCGGAAUGCAAAGGGAUUUAUAUCUUCUGAUGAGUUUCUCUCUGUUCCUGAGUUCGCCAUGAAUCCACUAUCUCAGAGGCUGCUUAAGAUGGUUGAUGGUUUGAACUUCAAGGAUUUUGUGGCUUUCUUGUCUGCAUUCAGUGCCAAGGCAAGUCUAAGACAAAAGGUUAAACUGAUCUUUAAAGUGUAUGAUUCGGACGGCAAUGGGAAGGUCUCCUUCAAUGAUAUCAUGGAAGUGUUGCGGGACUUAUCAGGGUCGUUCAUGUCUGAUGAGCAAAGAGAGCAAGUACUGAGCCAGGUUUUGACUGAAGCAGGCUACACGAGCGACUCUUUCUUAACCCUUGAGGAUUUCAUUAAGGUCUUUGGGAGUUGUAAACCGGAGAUGGACGUUGAAAUUCCUGUGGAUUAG